UUGAUUUUAAUUUCUAUAGAAGCUAAGUUUACCAGAAAAAGUUUGAGCAAAUAUAUUUAUCAAGAAAUAACACUAAAAAAUAAUAAAAAACUAACACUUUGUAUUAAUGAUGCUAAUGUGGUUCAGUUUAAAGUCACUGUCAUGAUUAAAUUCGCAAAUAUUUUCACUGCAAUCAACUCAAAAAUUAAUCUUCUAGUGAGAAUAAAACAAUAUGCUGUUUGUUUUCCUUCUGAACACACAUUGUCAUCAGAGCAAUGUCUAGUGAUACGAAAGUUUGCCAGAGUUUUCGAAAUGAUAAAUCCGGUUAACUGGGUUCGCGACAACUGUCCACUAGCCAAGAAAUACUUCCCGAGAGCAAGUUGCGAACAUGUCCAACUUCAAAAAUCUGUAAAAUUCAUCAAGUUGACUUCAAAACAGAUCAAAAUCAUAAAAGUCUAUUAA